CUAUUAAUUAUUUGUUUUUACUACAAACAGAUUUGAACACAAAAAAGGAACCAGACAAAAGAAGUUUCUUUGGACAGAUUUUUGGAAAUGAAAUCCCUCAGAAUAAUUUAUUGAAUGCUUUAAAAAAGAAAAAUUCAAGCAGAAAUGAAAACAUCAUACUUUCCGAUAUAGAUUCGCCUACUUCCGAUAAAGACCAAAUUAACAAAACCAAACAUCACACUUCAAGUGUAAACACAAAAAACAAAACGAACAAAAAAAGUAUGUUUGGGCAGAAUUUUGGAAGUGGAGACCCUCAUGAUAACUUAUUAAACAACUUGCAUAAGACUAAUGAUAAUUCAAAUACAAAUGAAAACAUCAUACUUUCCGAUACAAAUUCGGCUAGGUCUGAUAAAGACCAAAUUAACAAAACCAAACAUCACACUUCAAGUGUAAACACAAAAAACAAAACGAACAAAAAAAGUAUGUUUGGGCAGAAUUUUGGAAGUGGAGACCCUCAUGAUAACUUAUUAAACAACUUGCAUAAGACUAAUGAUAAUUCAAAUACAAAUGAAAACAUCAUACUUUCCGAUACAAAUUCGGCUAGGUCUGAUAAAGACCAAAUUAACAAAACCAAACAUCACACUUCAAAUUCGAACACAAAAAAGGAAUCAAGCAAAAGAAGUAUCUUUGAGCAGAAUUUUGGAAGUGAAGCCCCUCGCGAUAACUUAUUAAACAACUUGCAUAAGACUAAUGGAAAUUCAAAUAGAAAUGAAAACAUCAUACUUUCCGAUUUAGAUUCCCCAACUUCCGGCAAAGACCAAAUCAGUAAAACCAGACAUCACACUUCAAAUUUAAACACAAAAAAGGAAUCAAGGAAAAGAAGUAACUUUGAGCAGAACUUUGGAAAUGAAGUCCCACAUGAUAACUUAUUAAACAACUUGCAUAAUACUAAUGAAAAUUCAAAUAGAAAUGAAAACAUCAUACUUUCCGAUUUAGAUUCCCCAACUUCCGGCAAAGACCAAAUGAACAAAACCAGAGAACAACGUCACAGUUCAAGUAGGUUGCGCCCUAAAAAGUUGUUUAGUUUAGAUGGAAAGGAAAAUGAAGGACCAUCUGAUGAAAUAAGUAAGACUCAGACUACUCCACACAACAAAGUAAUUAAUGAAUUUGUUCAACCAAGCAUAAUUGUUGAGGAAUAUUCAAACAAAAGCAACAAUUUAGAAGUAAAUUUAAAAGAAACAGAUGUAGAUACUUUAAUUAAUAGCAAUAACAAAAUUGGAAAUACUAAAUUAGGGAGAAAUAGGAGUACUCGAAGUGGAGAUGUCAGGACAAUUAGAAAAUCUACUAGGAAAAAAUUAGAAAUCGUAGAAAAAGAUCACCUUGUAAAAACAUCUAAAAAGAAAAACAUAGAAACUUUAAACGAUAAUAUUGAGCAGAUUGAAAAAAUUCAUAAAACCAGAACAUCAAUUACAACAGGAUCCCAAAAGAAUAAUACAAAUACAAUUGUAAAAAAGCACGUCAUACAUAACAAAAAGUCUUUUUCCCAAGAGUUGCCGGAAGUAAGAAAAAAUAAAACUGUUAAACAAAAAUCAAAAAAAGAAAGAAACGAAAAAGAAAAUAUAAAUCCUAAAAUGGAAAAAUCAGAACGAGUUAAUAAAAGUACUUCAACAAGUAGAAUAAAAAACAAAUAUGCUAAGGUACUCCAUGAUUUACUUCAACAACGUGAAAAUGCUGGACAAUAUUACACUAAUACAUCAACCAUAUCUACAAUAAAUGAGGAUCAGACGUCAGGAAGCUGUAGGCCUUCCAGAACUCGCAAACAAACCAAGGCAUUCAGUUUAGAAACGUUAAUCAUUACUGAAAAAGAAUUUUUAUCAUAUUGUGGCAUGAGGCUCAAAGGAAGUACUCACAGCAAUCGUAGUAAAAAAUCUGUAGUGAACCCUUCAGACCAUCUUCAAAAAUCUCAAUUUAAAAUGCCUGUAGCACCACCCCCCACUUCAAAAAAAAAAUCAAGAAAGAAGAAUUCAGAAAAUUUAAUCCAGUCUAAUUUACCAGAUUCUGGUAACUUUACUAUGAUAGGCACCUCAAGUAGAUCUACUGCCGACAAUAAUAUAGAGGUUUUACAAGAUAACAUGCAGGCCAAUUUGGGAUUAGAAAAUGACAUCUUUUUGCCUCCUAUUACCGAAGAAAAUAAUGAAGUUAUAACCGAUUUUAAAAAUAAUGACAAUACUCUGCAAAAUACGAGUACAGCACGUUACAAUUUAAGAAAUAAAAGUUCUGAAAUGCACCAAGUACUGUCCCAAUCUAAGAAUAACAGCCAAAAGAAAAUGAGUGACGACAAUGCAGAACAAACUAUGGUUGAUACAAAUCGAAAUAAAAUGAAAAAUAAUGCAAAAAAAGGUAAACUGUUACAGAAAGCGAAAACCGAUCACUUAAAUGCAAUUGACGGAAAUUCUACGACUUUCCAAACACACGACAACUGCAAUAUUGAUGAAAUCACCCAUAACGUAAAUGAAACUCCGCGAGAAUUACGGUCACGUAGAAAAAGCAUUAGAAAUACAGAAAAACGACAAUUAAAUGAUGUUUCUAUAGAAGAAAAACACAAAGGCAUUGGUCAUGAAAUUAAAAUCUUAAGAACAACAAUAUGUGAAAAAAUUAUCGAUAAGGAGGAUUCGACCAACCAAUCUUUUACUACGUUACCGACCAGUGAAAACUAUUACGAAUUAAAUGACGUUUGCUAUGUGAUUAAUAAUCGUGCAGUAAAGGCGGCUUGGUGCCAAAAGAAACCUGAAUUAACUCCUGUGAUAGGACAACAGGGUCUUUAUGUGGGUUAUUCCGAAUCCAAUCGAAACUUAGGAUUUUGUACUUGUUCGACCGGUUUGAUGCAAAUUGACCCGAACUGCUUCAAAAAGCAAUGCUACUUUAAAACAAGUCAUGCGUUCUACUUUGUAAUUGGAGGUGAAGCUGUGGUUACACUUGGUCAGCGAAAAAUGCAUGUACACAUUGGAGAAUCAUUUUUUAUACCGUUAGGGCAAGACUACAGCAUUACCAAUCCAAGUGAUACUGAAAAAUUGCUUUUAUCAUUUACUAAUAUCAAAGCUCCGAAAUUGCAUACGUGACUUUAAGUACAAUUAAUGACAUAUAUACGUAUAUAAUUUAUUUGUAAGAAUAUUUUUUUGUAGCUUGUCCUGAUAAUAUUAAGUACGAUAAUUUU